AUGUUUUUACUCUUUUCACUUUGGUUAACAUUUGCGGAUUGCCGCAGAAAGAAGAAGCCAGAGUCAACAUCUGUUGAUGAUGAACCAAAUAAAUAUCAACCAGAAUUCGGAAAAGUUUGGCAUCCAAAUCCAAAAAGAUUUUGGCACUACAUUGGAAGAGAGCGUCACGCAUUAGUUGCUUUUGUCCAGAAAGAUGAUCCAGGACGUCAAUUAGCCGCUGUUUUUGAACAAAUCCAAGAAAUGAUCGAUCCAUCAAAAUUAAAUCUCGUUGUCGGUGAAACAUUCCAGAUUGGUCAAAUCAUCGAAGAUCAGGGCAUUACAGAGUUCCCAACAAUCGUAUUCUUCCGUUCAUAUAUGAAGAAAUGGUCUACAAAAUACGAAGGCAUACCAUCUGCCAAAGCCAUUACUAAAUGGGCUAACGAGCAGAUUCGCGAACUUGAUGAAUGGGAGAAUUCAGAGGAUUAA